UUUGAUCCAGCUGUCCAGAGGUUUCUGUCCAUGAAAGCCCACCACUACGAAAUGUUCAAACCAACUCCUAAAAAUUUUGCAUUUGCAUUCUUUGGUAUGUUCCUACCAAUCACACUGCUUGCUUGGAAGAUGGAAAAAGAUAGAGUGACUCUGGAUGAGAAGUGUCGAAGGGGUGAGAUUGCAUACAAAGACAGGUCAUGGAAAUUUGUGUGA